AUGUCGUCAGCCGCCGCCGCCCCCCCGCAACAACAAAAAGUGCGCGACGCCCUACACUUCCCAGCCGCCGACGCCGCAGCUCUCGAACCGUACCUUCCACCACUGUCCCUCUCAUCCUCCACCGACCCUCAUCGUCCUCGCCGCCAUCGUCCCUUCGUCACCCUCACCUUCGCCACCUCCCUCGACAGCGCCCUCUCGCUCGCCCCGGGCACGCAGACGGCCCUGUCGGGCCCGGCGUCCAAGGCCAUGACGCACCACCUGCGCUCGCGGCACGCCGCCAUCCUGGUCGGCGCGGGCACCGCCGUCGCCGACGACCCGUCGCUCAACUGCCGCAUCGCGGGCGUCGGCGGGUAUGGUGGUUCUGUCGAUGAGCCGUUGCGCGGGCAGCCGAGGCCGGUGGUGGUGGAUCCGAGGGCGAGGUGGGAUUGGGGCGGUGGUGAAGGGAGCAAUAAGCCGUUGGCGAAGGUGUUGAGGUUGGCGGGGGAGGGGAGGGGGAGGGCGCCAUGGGUGGUUGUGGCGGAGGGGGAGAAGGUGGGAGGGGAGAGGCGGAAGGUGUUGGAGGGGUGUGGGGGGAGGGUUUUGGAGGUGCGGACCGGGGAGGAUGGGAGGAUGGAGUGGGGGGAUGUGUUGGGGCGGUUGGCUGGGGAGGGGAUUGAGAGCGUGAUGAUUGAGGGUGGGGCGGGGGUGAUAAAUAAGUUGCUGGAGCCGCAGAAUGUGGAGCUGGUGGACUCGGUCAUCGUCACUAUUGCGCCUACGUGGUUGGGGCAGGGUGGCGUGGUGGUGUCACCGCCGAGGAGGGUGGAUGAGGAGGGCAGGCCAGUGACGGCGGCCAGGCUGAAGGAGGUCAAGUGGUGUCCUCUAGGUGAGGAUGUGGUGCUGUGUGGAAGGCUGCAGUAA